UCUACUACCCCUUCCCUUUAUUUCCUUUCUGUCUACUCAUCAGUUGUCUAUAAUUAAUAACCUAACCCUUUCUUCAACUGAUCAUAUACUUCUUUUCUUUCCACCCCUCAUCAUGACCAAUUCCUACACCUCCAAUGACCUUAACUUUUGGUUGGACCUCAAUUCACCAUGUCUUCUCACUUCUCCUUCUCCAUCAUCUCCUUCCAAGAGUACUCCACCAUUCUAUUUUCAUAACCACACAAGUACAAGCAUAUCUUCCACUCAGUUCAAACCCUCUCCUCAAAGAAAAGCCCUUCCCCUCUUUCAUCCAAGACAUGCUGAAGAAGAAGAUCUUGAAUCUUCGUUCAGUGCCAUGGAAGUGGACAAGAAAAAGAAAGAACCAAGUACCUCAUCUAGCUGUUUGGAUGAAGAGGAUAGUGUUGUUUUACACUUAGGGCUUCCUAGCACGAGUGCAUCUGCUAGUGCUGAUUUAGCUUCAAGCAUAUACUCAACAGAGGCUUCACACAAAGAAGAAAAAGUCACUGAUGCUUCUAGUCUUCUGUCAAAUAGAAUUAACAGAGGGCAAUAUUGGAUCCCUACUUCUUCUCAAAUUCUAAUUGGUCCUACACAGUUCGCAUGCCCCCUUUGUUUCAAGACGUUCAACAGAUACAACAACAUGCAGAUGCAUAUGUGGGGGCAUGGAUCUCAAUAUAGGAAGGGGCCAGAGUCUCUAAGAGGAACACAACCAACAGCUAUGCUAAGACUCCCUUGCUAUUGCUGUGCUCCAGGAUGCAAGAACAACAUCGACCAUCCAAGGGCAAAGCCACUCAAAGACUUCAGAACCCUUCAAACGCAUUACAAGAGAAAGCACGGAACAAAGCCUUUCGUGUGCAGAAAAUGCUGCAAAACAUUUGCUGUGAGGGGUGAUUGGAGAACUCAUGAAAAGAACUGUGGCAAACGCUGGUAUUGCUCUUGUGGCUCCGAUUUUAAGCACAAAAGAUCUCUUAAAGAUCACAUCAAGGCGUUUGGAUAUGGACACACGGCUUAUGGAAAUGACUGCUGCAACCUUGAUCAUGAUGAUGAUCUAGCAGGCUCUGAAAUUGAACAAGAAAAUUAAAUCUCUGCCAGUCGCAGCUUAUGAUUAUAUGAUGUCAACUCUGUGGAACUGUUCAUGGUUUCUCAUAUUUUCACCUUUAUUAAUUAAUCUCUUUAUGUCUUGGUAUUGCAUGCAUAUCAGGUUGUAACAUGCUCCUGUCAUGUCAUUUAUUUUUGGUUUUGGUUUUGGUUUUGGUUUCUAUGAACAUAAACUGUAUUGCAAGAUUCAAUGUCCAUGAUCUGCCAGGAUUGUACGUAAUUGGUUUAAUACCGUCAGAAUGUUCGUUU